GGGAGGUCAGAGGCCGGCGUGACGUCAGUUCCCGCGCUAGGGAUGCUGGGAAGCUGAGGCGCCCGCCCUUCCCCCUCCCCCACAGCCAUCACAGACUGGAGGAGGUGGAGGCCGCGGGCAGCCUAUCUCGCUUUAGCCGACAAGCUGUCCCGGUAUGGAAGCAGAGGAGACGAUGGGCUGCAUUCAGGAGUUCACAGACCAUUACAAAGUGAUGUUGGACCGACUAAAUGAACAGCGAGAACUCGAUCAGUUUACAGACAUCACAUUAAUAGUGGAUGGUCAUCAGUUUAAAGCUCACAAGGCCGUUCUUGCCGCAUGCAGUCACUUCUUCUAUAAGUUCUUUCAAGAUUUCACUCAGGAGCCAUUAGUGGAAAUUGAAGGUGUCAGCAAUGCCGCCUUUCGCCACCUGAUCGACUUCACAUACACAGCAAAACUGAUGAUACAAGAUGAGGAGGAGGCUAGCGACAUAUGGAAAGCCGCAGAAUAUCUACAGAUGCACGAGGCCAUCAAAGCACUUGAAUUCAGAAACAAAGAAAGUAUUCUAAUUGAGGCGGGGGACCAAACUGAAAGCACAGACAGCAUAAAGAAGUGGAAGAUUGCGGAAUCUUCAGAAGUUCUCGCAGAAACAUUACCGGCUUCAGAGGGAGAACCGCUGGAAAUCGAAGUAGAAAUAGGUGAAAAAACGAUUGAACUAGAUGAUAAUGUGGCAACCAUGGAAGAGGUGGCUAUCGCAGAGCAGUCCAUCAAGUACAUCCAAAGCACCGAUACAUCCGAUGAUUCUGCCCUGGCUCUCCUGGCUGACAUAACCAGUAAAUACCGCCACGGGGAAAGGAAACGGCAGUUAGAGGAGGAGAGUAGCAAUGAAAGCGAUGCCACCGGCAAACAGGUAGAAGGCGCUGACAUUAUGGAGGUUCAUCUGUCACAUGUCAACAACAUGUUCCAUUGUCAGAAAUGUAAUCGUUCAUUUAAAUUGUUUUACCAUUUCAAGGAACAUAUGAAAUCACACUCCUCGGACACUUUCAAGUGUGAAAUAUGUAAUAAAAGCUACGCACGAGAGAUUGCCUUGAAGCAGCACCUCACCUGUUACCAUCUAGACGAAAGUGCGGCCAACAAGAGGCCGAGACCGGGCAAAAAGAUCCACGUGUGCCAGUACUGCGAUAAACAGUUUGAUCACUUUGGACAUUUCAAAGAGCAUCUGCGUAAGCACACAGGGGAAAAACCAUUUGAAUGCCCUAACUGUCACGAGCAUUUUGCUAGAAACAGCACUCUAAAGUGUCACCUGUCAGCUUGUCAGUACGGUGUUGGUGCCAAAAAGGGAAGGAAGAAGUUGUAUGAAUGUCAGGUUUGCAACAGUAUCUUUAAUUGUUGGGACCAGUUUAAGGACCACCUGGUGCUUCACACUGGGGAAAAGCCGAAUCACUGCACCCUCUGUGAUAUGUGGUUUAUGCAAGGAAACGAGCUAAGGAAACAUCUGCAAGAGGCUCACAACAUCUCAGAGAGAAUAGUCACAGAGGUCGUCCUUCCUCCCGAAUCCACAGAGACUGAGUCUGUAUCAUCCAUGACUUUUGUGGAACAGGUGGAAGAAGUCCAUGUGGUGCCUGUAGAGCAGCUUAUACAGGUGCAAGUGGAUCCUCCACAGUUAACUGUUGGUCACCUGCAUCAAGACCUACUUGAGGUGAACCAGGUAAAAGGGGCACAUAUACUGGAUCUACAGACGCAAGUGCAGCUGAGCCACAUUGAGGUGGAACACCUACACAUAGAGCCAGGCACUGAAAUACAAGUUGAGGAAGUGCAUGUGGAACACAUCAACCAGAUACACAUGGAAGAGGUUGAGGCAGAACUUUUGGACGAGUCCAGUAUACAACACAUCCAGCAGGCCAUCGAAGUACAAGAUGGAUCUUGUCAGCCAGAAGAGGGAGAACUUCACCAAAUAGUCCACACGGGGGCAGAAACCUUGCACAUUACACGUAUUGAAGCGACUGCUGAGUAGAGUGAAGAACUGCAUGCUGCUCCUAUUUACAAAAGGCAUAGGUAUAUUUGUCAGAUAUUCCGAAUUCAGCAUUUUCCUGAGUUCCAAUUGAAGCUUUUUUCACAGCCACAUAAUUUCAUGAUAUUAAAACUUGACUAUAUCCAACCGGUCAUCCCUGUGGGGAAAAAGAAA